AUGAAUAGGAUAUCUUUUUUUGCUUUAAGAGCAUCAUCGAAGUUCAUCGAGUGUACAGAGUCUAAAGUUUGGACAGAAGAAUUCGAUUCUACAAACGUAAUUGAAAUUUCCGUUCAAAAAUAUAAUACAUCGAUUAUUUUUCACACAGUAAGUGGGUUUGAAGCACAUGUUUAUGAUAGCUUCGGAGAGUAUAUAGGUUAUAUGUCCGAUGACUCGCAUACAAUUGUCAAUUUUGGCAAUCAAAUUGGCUCAAUUUUUGUUCAUAAAACAGGCGAAACAACAAAUGUAUGUUUUUCAUCAAUAAUUUACAGUGAUUACGACAAUGCAAAAUAUUGUUCCCAAUAUAUUACUACUAAUAUUGUUGAUCAUUCGUAUAAAUUUGGUGGAAGUUUGAGUGAUGAACCAGAUGUUGCGAUCAUGAAGGGUAAUUUCAUAUGCGCAUGGAUUACAUCACCGAAUGCUGAAUCAUUUUCGGUCUCAGAAACUCAAUUUGAAAAAAUUACAAUUCCUAAUUCAGUUUUAUUAAUAAUAAAUGCGUCAUCGUCUGUCAAUUCGUUAACUACGAUUACUCCAACCCUUGUUUCUUCAACGCAAACAACAAAUAAUUUUUAUUCGAGUUAUUUCGCUCUCCAGAGCUCAUUCAUUCGUAACGGUGAAAUCAUUCGCGAUGUUACAGACACGGUCAGUGAGAAAAUUACUGUAACAAGCUCAAAUCGUGUUAUAUUGAAAUUAUCCAACUCAUUAGUUGUUUAUUUCCAUGAGAUUUCAGGCGAUACCAUUGUUUAUGAUCCCACCGGUUCGAGUAUUGCUACUCUAACUACCACACACCCUUCAUUUGAGACAGGAUAUUCAUCUGAAUACAAAAUCAUAAUUUCCAACAUCAAUUCUGCCACUGUUUCCUAUUCAGCGUUCCUUGUGGAUGGUAAGUGCGAAUCUACAAUCAUUAAUUCCAAGUAUUCAUUGAUCAAUUCGGAGUUUUCAACAAAAACUCUUUGUAUCCUUUACCCAGCACAGAAUCCGAUUACGAUCACUUCACCUAGCCACUUAUCAUUCACUAUUUACCGACCAAACGAAAAUUUAAUCACAAAUUCAGAGCUUCUCUUAACAAAUACGCGAACAUGCAUGAUCUACAUUGCAGACUUAGCAACUACAACCAAUGUUAACAUCGAAGUUUCUCAAAUUACAACAGAAGAAACAAUUAAAUUUUAUUCAUUGUUUUAUCCAACGUAUACAUCCACAUUAAUCGAGCCAGGAGUUCAAACAAUCACUUCUACAACUACAACAGUUACAAUUGACAAACAACUCGUCUACAAUACAGUUGAAUUAAAACUUGGUCAAAUUUACAAAUUGGAUUUCACGACAAGUAACUAUACAUUGUUCUUUACCAACCCAUCAUCAUCAAUACACUACGCAAUUCUUUCAAACGGCACAAAAAUUUACUUUAAUCAGUUCAUAGAUUUCGGAAACAACAUUGGCUCUGUUUAUUUCCAAUUACCAUAUUGUCCUAAUACAGGAACUAUUGUUUAUUCAGCUGCACAACUUACUACACCUUACAAACUGAUAACGAAUGAAAUGAAACCAUUUUCAAUAAUUAAUCCAACACUUUCAUCGACUAGAAACAUUUCUAUGAUGUAUUCAACAGGAUUUAGUUAUUGGAUUAUUUCUGAUUCAGUUUUUUCGAUAAAUAUACAAUCAAAGCCAGGUAUACAACCCGAUUACAUGGAUCUUUAUUGGGAAGAAGGCGAAGAACAAUCAUUUUUAGUUAAAGAAACAAGUCUUUCUUACAAAGCGAAAUCAUUUUUAUUACAAAUUAAAUUUAAUGAUAUAGAACUUGCUGAUUAUUAUAUUAUCACAUUUUCUAAUGAUAUAAAACCAAUAUCAUCAAUUACUUCUUUCUAUUACAAUCCAAAUUCAACAACAGAAAUCAAUCCUCGUCAAUACAAAGAAGAAUUAAUUACUUAUAAAAUUUUAAAUACAUGGAAUAUUCAAAUGUUUACAAACAAAAUUAAAACAAAAUUUAUAUUAGAUCGUCUACAAGCAUCAUUUGUUAUACAUGAUAAUCAAUAUAAUGGAAAAGCUUAUUAUUUAAAUAAUACUUUAAUUGGUAAUUUUAGUUAUGAUGAGAAUCAAUAUGGAGCAUUCUUUCCUCAUGGAGGAUACGUUGUUUUAGAUUCUAGUCUUGAUAUAAUACAUGUUUCAUCGAUGUUCCCUUAUUUGAUGGAUAAAACAUGCCGCAGAUUUGGUAUUUCUAAUAUUCCUUAUACAACUUUCUCUAUAUUGAACAAGGAUUUGAAUUCUAAUUUCACUGUUAAAUCAGGAAUGAAUGAAAUUACUACAUGUUAUUGGUUUAGUUUCCCUGAUUCAACACCAACAGAUAUUUCUGCUGAAUUGUACAUAAGAGACAAAAUUUCAGCAUUUACAGAUAAUUCUACAUAUAUAAACACAACAAUUCAUUCAUACGCACAACAGUUUAAAUCAAUAUUCAUUGCAUUGCAAACAGCUGAUAAUUCUUAUUUCGGAUCAUUAUAUGUUUAUCAUAAAUUGAAUCAGAGUAAAUAUGAUACAAGAUUAUCUACUACGUUCCUUGAUACAACUGAUGGAUUCAUAUUAACAAAUAGUAAGUCAGAUCCAAAGAUAGGAUUGACACGAUCUAAAACACCAGGAAUUUUAGGAAUGAUUAUUUUCUUAUGUGUUACUUUUGUUGUUGCUUUGAUUGCUUUCAUAAUAAUUCAACUUCGUAUGAUGAUUUCUACAAGAAAUCCACAUGAUGAAAACAGUGAUGAGUCUCAUGAAUCAGUUCCAAACGAAAUAAAUCAGGAAGAAGACCAAGUUCAGCUGAAUUCAGAUGAUGAACUAAAUAUAGCAAUCCAGAGAUCUCUCCAGGACCAUCUACAUCUAAAUGAAAUUGAUGAAACAAUUGGUCCUCAAUCUCCUCCUCCUUCAAAUGUCGUUGCGGAAAAUGUUGAAUUAAAUAAGAAUCAGAACCCAUAUUCAAUAGAGAAUAUGAAUGAACCUGAUGACGGAACUCCUGCAACAACAAAUCCAUUCGAAGCUGAUGAAUAUUAA